UGAGACUUGAGCAAUCGAGAGUUUGCAUGCAUCAAACAUGGCUGCCAACAAGAAAGGCGAAUUGUCGGAAAAUGAAGAGAAACUCGUGGAGAAAAUCAACGAAAACGAUGGUUCAUUUGAAGAAGUUCAAAAUCUGUUGAAAGAGAAAGAUGUGAGAGUGGAUUGUCUCGAUUCAACUGGCAUGACCCCAUUACAACAUGCAGCAUUUCGAGGUAAAAAGGAACUGUGUGAAUUGUUGUUAGCACAUGGUGCCGAUGUUAACAGUAAUUACCAUGAUAAUAGUUAUACAGCUCUCAUGUUUGCUACACUAUCAGGCAAUGUUGAAGUGACAAGAUUGAUGUUACAGGCAGGAGCAAAUAUACACCAUGUCAACUCAGUCAAUAGAACAGCCACACAAAUGGCAGCUUUUGUAGGUCAACAUCAAUGUGUAUCUGCCAUCAACAAUUUCUUUCCUAAAGCAGAUUUAGAAUAUUUUACUGUUCCACAAGGUUUAGAAAAAGAGGCUAAAUUACCUGCUCAGUUAGUGCCUUCUUUACUAGGAUUAGUCAACUCUGUUAAUCUUAAUCCAGUCAAGUUAUCAAUGUAUUUAAGAGACCAUAUGGAAUUAAUUCAUGAAUCGUACAAAGUAGCGAAAGUUCUCGAUGUUUUGGUAGAGAAGAAUAUGAAAGCUAGAGAUACCAAUGAUGUAAUGGCUGUCAAGUUGCAUUACUUCGCCACCUUAAUUCGACUGGCCAGAACAUCGCAUGACGAUAAAAACGACAAUUUAGAAUUUUGGAUCAAAAGUUUAGUGAGAGGAAGAGAUGGAGAUGGUUUCCCAGAGAAAAUGGAGAGAUUAAUACGCCAAGCUUUAAAAGAAUUUCCCUACGUAGAAUCACAAUUAUUACAAACCCUAGUCCGACAGAUUUCUUCCGUGAAAAUAGGUGAUCAACCAUCAGCGUUACAGACGUUAAUACAAGGGGUCAAUGGUCAACAGUUUGCUAUGGAUGACGAUACUUGUAAUACUUGUAGUGAAAAGGAUGCCAUCAAAAAAUGUUCUGUUUGUAAAUAUGCACAAUAUUGUAGUCAGUACUGUCAGAAAUUACACUGGUCAACACAUAAAAAGUUCUGUAAAAAAUUAGCAGAACUUUAUGAAAAGAACGAAAAACUGAGAAUAAAGAUGGAGGAGAAACAGAAAGCAGAAGAAGAAAAAAAGAAAAUUGAAGAAGAAAUUCGGAAAACUGAAGAAGAAAUGCGUAAUAAAUUGCAAGGGGAGAAACAGAAAGCAGAAGAAGACAAAAAGAAAAUCGAAGAAGAAAUUCGAAAAACUGAAGAAGAAGUGCGUAAGAAAAUACAAGAUUUAAAAAUAGUAGAGAAUUGCAGUGAAAAUGGUGUUAAGUUGAGUGAUGGGGUCGUUAAACAAGACUCGGAUAAAACAAUACCAGAUAUUAAACGUACGCAGGACAAUAACGGUGAAAAGUUAAAUCCCUCCAGUGAGGAGGAAGUGAAGUCAUCAGAAACCCAAUCCUCCUAAUCCGUUCAACAAAAUGGCUGAUGUGACAUGUUAAUCGACAUGUUGGCACGUGCAGCAAAGAAGUAAAAAAACGAAAGUAGGAGAACUGCAUUAAAAAACAUAGAUGAAAUAAACAAUAUUGUGAAAUUUCUAGUUAAUUAAAACAUCCUUUAGAAAAAUGCAAGUCGUAAAAAGGCAUAUUUUAAUGACGGAUUGUUGUGAUGUAAAAUACUGUUUAAUUCAUAGAGAACUGCACAACAAAAUAAAUCAUUCAGUGAAAUUACUACCGGUAGGUAUUAAUACCAGUUCCAGUUAAAUUCAAUACAUAAAUAAAGAACAAGGCCUUUUUCUGUUAUGGUUUGAAAACUGACUGUUUAAAACAUGAAAGUGGCUAUUGUUAUGACGAGUCGGAGCCAAGGUUAGAACGAAUUCCAAAAUGGCUGCCAAUCUCCCCAACUCCAGCUUUGAAAAAGGAGCAGUAUUUUCAACGUUUUCAGAACUGAAGGCAGCAAUUAAGAGAUGGGAAGGGUUAGGGUUAGGACUAUUUUUAAGACUAUUUAGUUUUUAACUUCGCGGAUGGAGGGCUGUGAAAGCAUCAUCGUAACAAUAGCCUGAGGAUCAUUUUUACGACUCGUUGUAACAAUAGCCACUGCCUUAAAACACAGACAAAACAAAAUCCAUCCUUUAGUAAGAUUCAAGGCAUAAAAUGGCAUAUUUCUAGGGUAUAUUCUAAUGACUAAUUGUCACGAUGUUAGCAGAUGUAAAAUACUAUUUAAUUGAUAGACAGCACAGGAGAACUGCACAAAAAGACAUAGAUAAAGCAAACCAUCCAGUGAAUUAACAGGAAUGUGCAGGAGGACUGCAGAACAAGACAUAGACAAAACAAGAAUUGCAAUUAUACAUACAUAUUCCCAGAAAAGAUACACAGAGAAAAGUCAAAAAUAUUUUGUUUUUUUUACUAAUCUGUCCUUAAAGAAACCUUCCCACGUACAAACUGGGUGAUGUGAUGAUAUAUUUGGACUAAAAACCUAUUCAAACUAAUUAAUCUAUCAAACGGUUGCAUCUAAUCCCUCUCAAAACUUUAAUUGGAAAAAAUCUAACUCAUGCCGUAGAAAUGUAUUUUAAGCAGACUUAUUUGUCAUUUAACUUGAUUGUAUAUGUUGUUACUUGUUGUUCAUUUACCAUGCAUAUCUAAGCUUAAGUAAAUUCUUGGAUUAUCGUCGGCCAGCCUUUUUUUUCACUGGUUAAUCGCAGAGUUUUAUGUAAACCCAAUCUGGUUAAAACACAGAUCCUAUUUCGUUUCGUUUUUAUAGUUCAAAAUUUCGUUUCACUUAUCUUUACUACACUUGGAUCUGGAAGACUUGUUAUUUAACUCGUUUUCUGCUUGAAAUGAGUGGUCAGCCAAUCAAAUGGUCUGUCGAAUCGAGUGUUUGACCUUUUUUGCCUGGAACUGUGGAUAAUCCACUAUUAACACCAAUGCUGAUUGGUUAAUCAAAUGUCUGACGUCAUAGGUCAAAAGUCGGUCUUUUGACCCCUGACGUGACCUAUCACUAUAACUUGUCAGAUCUUCAUGUAGUGUAGGCUAUGGAAAGUAUAAAAAACGAAACGAAAUAUAGAUCUGUAUUUUAAUCAGAUUGGUGUAAACCCCUCACUGUUCUCACAAUAAGCACUUCCUAAGGAAGGGGAUCAUUGGCCGAGAAAGUUCAUUCAGAUUUUCCGGCGUGGUUUCCCCUUGUCAGUGAUGCAGGAUGGAGGGCCUGACGAAAAUCUGAGGUCCCAUGUUCACAUUGGCGUGCACGUAAAAGAUCCCUUGGCAGUUGGAAUUCGAUAUAAGAGUAUGCCGUAGUGCCGCUGCCCGGGCAAAAUUUCACUCAUAGCACACUGUAUGACGUAUGCCCGUCUUCAUUAACCCAGGUUAGGAGCAGAACAGUAGGACGUUAAACCCCAAUUCAUUUCAUUUUAUUUACUUCCUAAGGAAAGCUGGCAGACAAUAAACCAUUGGAUUGAUAGUUAUUGAUACCCUGACAUUUUUGCCUAUUGCUUGCCCCAUGGGUGUUUUUUUAAAGGAAUCCAGUAUUUUUUUCUAGUAAGAAAAUUUGCCAUAAUUGGAAAUAACUACCCUACAAAUACUUUCAUGGGAAUGUAUCUUCAAAUAUAAUUAUGUAUUAAGCAUAUGUUCUUGAAAGUUAAAUUCGUAUCAAUUUGUGAACGGUUCUAUUUGCUAUGAAAGGUGCAGGGUCAGUACCCCCCUAUAGUACAUUCCUCACAAGUCUUGUGCAUGGUAUAUAUAAAUUAUAUUGCCUGGUGUUGGAUACAAGCCAGAGUAUGCUUACUCUUUCUAGACCACCUUAUGUCACUUCUCAUUUGAGGAGUUUGCAUGGUCAAUAACAUUUUGUUGUAUUAUUGUAUCAUCUUCCUUGCCCCCGUUGGUGCAUUUCUUUUCAUUUUGUUGUAUUAUUUUAAAUAAAAAAAAUAAAAACUUGCUUUCUAAACUUAC